AGAUAAAAAAUCUCAACCAUAUCCCCCCAAAAAACCACAAUCUCAUGUUAGAUCACCUCCACCACCACCUUAUCAACCAGGAGAUACAAUUUUGCUAAUAGGAGAAGGCAAUUUUAGUUUUGCACACGUUCUUGCCGAAAGUGUUCUUCGCACCGGGCAUCUAAUCAUCGCGACAGCUCUUGAUAGUGAAGAAGUAGUGAACAAAAAAUAUGAAGAUGCACGUGAACACAUUUCUGCAUUCAUUAAAUGCAGUGGGAAGGUUUUGUAUGAGGUUGAUGGAACACGAUUGAAUAAAUGUAAGGAGCUAAAAAAUAAAAGGUUUGAUAAGAUUGUAUUUAAUUUUCCACACGCGGGCAUAGGAAUUAAAGAUCAAGAUCGAAACAUUCUCGCAAAUCAAAAACUUAUCAAAUCGUUCCUAAGCUCGGCAACACCAUUAUUAGCAUCUCAGACGCUCUAUUCAGAAUUGAAUGAUGGAGAGAUUCACAUAACCAUCAAAACAGGAUUGCCAUAUGAUAAUUGGAAUAUCAAAAAAGUUAUAAAAUCAACGGGUGUUCUCGCUGUCAAAGAAACUUUGCCAUUUAAUCCAAGCCAAUAUCCUGGAUAUGAACAUAGGAGAACUUUAGGAUUCAAAGAUGGUGUUAGUAAAAAUGGUAAUGAAGAGAUUUUAAGCAAGAAGCCUAAGACCCUUAUUAUUGUUAGAAAAGAAGUUAUUCAGUUAGAAAAAGAGCGAAAAAAGUUGGAGAAAAAAGAAAUGGAAGAUUAG